AUGUCUGCCGACAAAGCCCCGGCCGAAAAGCUACCCCUUGCGGUGCGGAAAAACGUCCGGGAUGAAUGGGACAAUAAGAAAGGCGAUUUGGAAUCGCAAAUCUCCACUCUCUUGGGAACACCAUGGACCUUCGAUAUCAACCCACUGGCCAUCUAUCCAUACGCCGAAGAGGGAUCUUAUGGACACCACUCAUUGGGCGAAUGCAUUGCUGCAUAUAUGAACGGUUUCAUUUACCACCUUCAAAAAUUCCUCGACACAUAUGGCCAAGAGGGUAAAGCGGAACUCAACUCUGUGUGUCGCGCCACACAUGCAAUCACUUUCGCCGCAUCCACUACAGUCAACUAUUGCGGAUGUGACAUCGAGUCUGGCAUGUUGCGUAUUUUGUUUCACCCUAAUAACCUUGGAUCCAACCUGGACAGCGUCGCGGAAGAUAUUGCAAAGGUCGUCUCGAGUGCCCCCCAGCCCGCAGGAGCACCUCCCCUGAGUUUUACAGCGCGCCACUCCAUAAAGUCCGAUUAUGAUUCUCAAAUUGGUCCCAUCCUUGAGAACGCUAUAAAAGUGUUGCAAAACCCGGCUCUCAAGUUCGAGGUGGGUUUUGACGACUUGGGUAGGAUGCUCAAGAAUGGGGAAGGCGCGAGAGAUGACUGGGAGAGCAAUCUAGGCACCUUCGCGCGACAGUAUUAUGAGAGCUUCGUAGAUAGCUUGAUAUCUGAGAAGUUUGGUGAGGAUGAAUUGUUAAGGGAGGGGUUGGCAGAGUGCGUACCGAACGGAUCUGUCAGGUUGAGGAUUGUGGAAAACUUGCAGAAGGAAACAUAUAACGAAGUUGUCCUUGAAGAUGGUGAUCUGGUCUUGCAGACCACGCCACAAUACUGGGGUACUAAUAUAAACGAUGUUGCAUCGAAUUUGAUGAGCAUUCUCUAG